CGCACUGCACACUGACAAGCCUGGACGGGGCGAGGCGGCGAUCCCAGUGUGGCCCUCAUCCAUCAUCGCUAUGGGAAUUACCACAGCGUUCUUUCUGAACCAAGCCCUGAUCCCGUACUAUCUGAAACCGGUUCACCUGGAGACACGGACUAUAAAACGCUGCAGUUGAGAGUGCCGCUGCGCCAGAGACCGGCUCAGCUUCUCUCCUCCAGGAUGGUGAUGAGAAGCAUCUAGGGAUGAGAAGUGCUUCUCUAGCGCACAACCCGGACAAGGACCUUUGCGCGACCCUCAUCUGUGUUUUCUAAAUCAGGACGAUGCCUUCCCUGUGUGUGUCAGCGGUGCUCUUAUAUACAGUGGUGCUUGACAUCUCAGCUCGGGUUUUGACCACAACCAGCCCAGCUGACCAGCCCCUCCUCUCUCCCCGCCACUAUCAGCACACCGACCCUGACUCGGGCACCCAGUUGGUCUGCGACAAGUGCCCCGCAGGCACCUAUGUGUCUUUCCACUGUUCCCCGACAGCCGUGAGGGAGUGCAACCCCUGCCCUGUAGGCACCUUCACACGAGGCGAGAACGGGGUCCAGCAAUGCCAUCGUUGUCGGGCUCCAUGUCCUGCAGGCUUUAUUGAGAAAGCUCCCUGCACCGCCACCCGGGACAGAGUGUGCAAAUGUCCCCCCAAUAGCUUCUUGUUGGUGGAUGGCGGCACAGAGUGUAAGCCCCACUCACUGUGCCCUCCAGGGACCAGGGUGAAAAAGCGGGGCAGUGAAACAGAGGAUGUGCUCUGUAAGCCAUGCACCAAGGGGACUUUCUCAGAUGUGGAGUCGAGUGCGAUGAAGUGCCGAACCCACACGAACUGCCCUGCUCAGGGGCUGGUGCUGCUUACAUCAGGGACUAGAGAGACAGAUAAUGUCUGUGGACCACCUUCUACAGCCCUCACUUCCUCUUCAUCUUCACCUGUCUCCACAACCAGCCUACUGGGACCUGCGCAGGCUGUGCUUGUUCAGGAAACUAUGACAUCGUCAUCCUCUCCAUCAUCAUCCCUUACUCUACGUGUACAUAAAGGUACCUACAGCCAGUCAGCAGCAAUUCAACUGAGGGAAAGCCCGGGUGUGGAAGACCACCUUGCAGACGUGUUACUCCUCAGUCAGCCUGGCGCUCCCACCCCACCAAAUCGCGAUCCCCCACGGACUCCACCACAACUGAUGAACCACGAGAACCCGCUGGGGCAACCCAAACCUGAGCCUGUGCCUGGCCCCAACAAGAGGGCGAUGGAGGAUCUGGAGGAUGCAGGGGCUGUCAGGGCUGGGACAGGUAUCAGCAAGGUAGCUGGACAGGGGAGCGGAGGUAGUGGAGGUGGGGUCUCCACCUACUACAGGCCCACUCGCAGGGGGUCCCCAAGGCCAAGCCCCCACAAUCACUUUGACAUCAACGAGCACCUCCCCUGGAUGAUAGUACUGCUUCUCCUCCUGGUGCUGGUGGUGAUCGUGGUCUGCAGUGUGAAGCGGAGCUCUCGUGUGCUGAAGAAGGGCCCCGUGCAGGACCCUAUCAGCAUCAUGGAGAAGGCAAUUCAGAAGAAGCCAUCUGUGCCUCGAACACAUCUCAAAGAGAAGUGGACCUACUACUCCAACGGACAGGGGGUGGAUAUCCUGAGGCUGGUGGCAGCUCAUGUGGGCACCCACUGGAUAGACAUUUAUCAGUCGCUGGCCAACGCCACGGAGAGGGAGGUGGCCGCCUUCUCCAAUGGCUACUCGUCAGAUCACGAGCGGGCGUAUGCCGCGCUGCAGCACUGGACCAUCCGGGACAGUGACGCCAACUUGGCCAAGCUGAUCAACGCCCUGCACAGACAGCGCCGCAUUGAUGUAGUAGAGAAGAUCCGCUGUGUCAUGGAGGACAACCCACAGUUUGACAUCAACCAGCUGAUGACCUCAGUGAAUGUAAGCCAAAGCCUCAGUCCCAUCCACAAGCCACUCGAGUCCCCCAGCAGCGCUGGCAGCGGCAGUAACAGUGGCGGUAUCGCUGGCGGGGCCGGCGGUGUGGGCGUGGAGCAAUCGCCGGUGGACCGGAUAAAAGGCUUCUUCCCUGACGAAUCGGAACCCCUGCUUCGUUGCGACUCCACCUCCAGCAAAGACUCCGCCCUCAGCAGGAACGGCUCAUUCAUUACCAAAGAGAAGAAAGACACUGUGCUUCGGCAAGUGCGCCUGGACCCGUGUGACCUGCAGCCCAUCUUUGACGACAUGCUGCACAUCCUGAACCCAGAAGAGCUGCACGUCAUCGAGGAGAUCCCGGCUGCCGAGGACAAGCUGGACCGGCUGUUUGAGAUAGCGGGAGUCAAGAGUCAGGAGGCCAGCCAGACGCUGCUCGACUCAGUCUACAGCCACCUCCCUGAUCUGUUAUAGUGGAGGAAGGAGGAAGAAACCGCGCGGACGAGGGUUGGCUGAGGAAUAAAAAGGAAAUAUUUAAAAAAUAAAAAUAAAAAGUGUCUCAGUGGGAGGGAUGAGUCAGCUCUGGUAUUGUUCAGACUGAGCUUGAGUUGAGAAUCUGAGUCUGACUUGUCUUGUCACAUGAUUUGAGCCGGGCGUUGUAGAUAUGGUGGUUAUCUACUCGCUCCAGUGACUUUCAAAUCUUUACUGGUACUUCACUCCUCUUAACCCUCCAGUCUGAUUCUGUUGUCUUGUGUGUGCACAUUACUAUUCCUCCUAAACACCUCCAUCCUCUUUCACGACACAGGGUCAACGCUCAAUGUAAUUAAAGCAUUCUGAGUACUUUUUUUCUCCACUUUUCUUAAGUCUGUUCAGCCUUGUAUAAAGUGGUAUUACACAAGUAUUGUGACUCUCAAACAUAGCUGGUCUGAAGAGACGCUGACUACAUGGAAAAACAUUAAAAACACUUUCUUUAUAUUAACAGGCAAAUGCUUUCACUUUUAAAGGAUAAUACUGGUGUACUGGUUCCUUUGCCUUCAACAUGAUUUCAGUGGGGGGAGGAAGAAAGAAAUUUAAUAUGGUGGUUGUUGCUAAAUCAUAGCAAGAAAAGAAACGACACACCAACAAUAAUAGUUAAUAAGUUAUAACUCUACACAUUCAUAAAUAUUUUGUCCAGGUAAGAACUGACCCUUAAGUCACAUGUCUGAAGUUAGUUACAUGUCCCUGUUCUCAGCCUUAUUUCCCUGAUUUGUCCCAUAUUUUAAUGCCAUCUCCAGGCGGCCUCCCGUUUUGUUGUUUCUCUCGGGAAACUCCUGUCAAACUUUAUAUUGAAUAAUCGUCAUACACAGAUCCAAGUUUUGGAUGUUUAUCUGAUGUCACCCAAGUUGCCAGAUCAUCUAUGAAACAGACUAGACCAGCAGGGGGCAGUGUUAGAGUUAGUGUUAGAGCGCUUCCUGCUGCUCUGGAACCAAAGCCUAUAUCAGAAAUACUGAAUUAAACACAAAAAUGAUCAAAUAUUACAAUACUGGAGUAAUAUGUACCUUUACCUAUAUCAGGGGUCUUCAAAGUCUGCGACUCUGAGCCUCCCCUUAGACAAAGAUUUUAAAAAAAGACACCCCUUCAGUGUAGUAGCUCAAUUACACCAAAUACAGGAAAAGGUCUGUCCUAAGGCAUUUAUUAGUUUCUGACUGUGUGAAGGUGGGAAAAACAGUAAGCAAACCUCACACAUUUAGGCUAUGUGAUCGCCUCCCACUCUGAAAACCUGUGACCUAUAUUUUGAUAUGUGGCUUUUUACUGUUUGCCUUUGAGCAAAGGCUCCAGCAAAAACAAUUGAACAGGGAGGGUGGAGUGUUUAUUGUCCCUGCCUGCUUCUCUGGAGCAAUAUAUCUACAGUGGUUUAGGUAGGUAACUUUGGAAGCUCUCUCAAUGUUAGACUCAUGGACAGUAUACAAUAAAUACUUCUACCAGAACGCACAUUAAGAUCUCUGCUAGCUGGCCCUGUUUGCCUCAACAAAUGUAGCAUUGAUUAUGUGUUCUUGUUACAUUUUGGAGCAUAAAGUCAGUAUGGCAGGUGUCUGAGGGUAACUACCAUAGUAAAAAUAAUGGAAUACGAAUAAGUGAUUUUUGUCAUGUAGUCUUAUGUUGCUGAUAGUUUAUAUUAAAAUGUAAUACUGAUGCACUAAUUCUGUUUUCUAUUGGAGAGGCAGACGUAUAUUUUAUGUGUCCUUCAUUUUCUCUUCCUUUUAUUCUGAAAUGCUGUUAACUAACAUUUGAUUUUGUUUUCUACAUGUAAUUAUGUUUUUGUAGCAUCUCUUUGUUAGCGUUGUGACUUCUUUGUAUCUCAUGUCAUUUCAUGGGCAUUCAGAUGUAUUUCCCCCUGCUUGGCGUGACAGGAUGACCUGGCUGGGAUGUAAGAUAUGCACACUCCAUACUCUACUUGAAGUCUGUCUACUUGUGUUAUUUGAUUUAAACGAGGAAGAAAUAAUGUACUCUUUCAGUUUCUUCCAAGGUCAACGUUCUUAACAUAAUAAUAAAACUGAAAAGCACCACCAAAAGCUCAUCUACUUUGGAGAGGACUUUGCUGGAGUCAUGGGAGCAGCAAACGAUGGACUCACCAAGCCAGUUACUGUACUAUAAAAGCUCCUGUGGUGCUUGAUGUGAACUCUCACCAGUUGGCCUGACACAGGGAGUCUUAACCCCGGACUAAUGACUAUUUAAAAUAUUCCAGAUUGAAUGAAGAAAAGUGUAGGUUGUGCUGCUGUGGACUGUGGGAUGUUGAUAGUGUUGAUGGUGAUGAUGAGAAUGUGUGAGCUUGUUCUCCACACUGCUGUGGAGACACACCCUGCAGGCUGUGAGCUUUUUAUUUUCAAAGGAAGUCUGAAAGGAUGAAGGUGCGAUGGGAAAUAAACAUGCGGCUCGAGUGGAUGAUUUCAUCAAAUUUCACAAGUGUAACCUGUAUGUUUACUACUAUGUAACCUCUUAAAAUCAACCAAUUAAAGCCCAAAACAUUUGUCAUAA